AUGAUAAUUCUCAAGUUGAAGAAUCAUUUUGCGAGGUACGGCUGUCCAGAGAGAGUCAUUAGCGAUAAUGGCCCACAGUUUUCGGCGGAAGAAUUUGUAACGUUUGCCGACACAUGGAAUUUCGAGCAUCUCACGAGCAGCCCUGGUAAUAGCAAGGCGAAUGGUAAAGCGGAGUCAGCGGUGAAGAUGGCAAAACGGCUCAUUCGUAAAGCUGUUGAGGGGGGAGCUGACCCAUACCUGGCGAUUUUGGAUUAUCGCAAUACACCUACUCAGGGUAUGGAGAGUAGUCCCGCACAACGUUUGCUAAACCGGAGAACUCGGACACUUCUUCCUACAACAUCAAAGCUCCUGCAACCUAAGGUGAUGUGCCAGGAAAAAGAGUUUAGGGACAUAAAGAAACGGCAGGAGCAGCAGAUCAAGUAUUACAACCGCAAUGCAAAGGAUCUUCCGGAGUUGAGUCAUGGUGACGUGGUAAGGAUGAAACCAUUUAGAAUGGGUAAAAAGAAAUGGGAUAAAGCUGUCGUAACUGCCAGAUUAGACGAAAGAUCAUAUACGGUCAAAACGCCGGAAGGAAAUAGUUAUCGCAGAAACCGAAGUCAUUUGAAGAAAUCAGCGGAGAUGCCGAUAAAAGAAGAGGUGAGUUCGGAGGAUGAGUGGAGUCAAGCAAAUGAGGAGUCCACAGAGGAAGAAGUAACGCAAUCCACCACCCCGUUGAAAGAAAAACCUACGGAAAGUUUAUCACCCGCAAAGUCCCUCGACCGCUAG